GAAGCAUGCGCCGUGCUGCAUUGUGGGAUGUGAAAUCAUUGUCGGGGCGGUGCAUGCGCGGUAGGGUUGUGUUUUACUACCACAAGUAAAAAUGGCGACGUCCCUAGGAGCUAACACAUACAACAGACAGAAUUGGGAAGACGCGGAUUUCCCAAUUCUGUGUCAGACAUGUUUGGGGGAAAAUCCAUACAUCCGCAUGAGCAAAGAGAAGUAUGGAAAAGAAUGCAAGAUCUGUGCUCGUCCCUUCACUGUGUUCCGCUGGUGUCCAGGAACAAGGAUGCGCUUCAAGAAGACAGAGGUGUGUCAGACCUGCAGCAAGAUGAAGAACGUCUGUCAGACCUGUCUGCUUGACCUGGAGUAUGGUUUGCCAAUCCAGGUCAGGGACACCGGGCUGGACAUCAAGGAUGAUGUGCCGAAGUCAGACGUGAACAAGGAGUACUACACACAGAAUGCUGAGAGAGAGAUAGGGAACUCUGAUGGGACACGGCCAGUGGGUCUGCUGGGUAAGGCCCCCAGCUCCAGUGAGAUGCUGCUGAAGCUGGCCCGCACUACGCCCUACUACAAGAGGAACAGACCCCACAUCUGCUCCUUCUGGGUGAAGGGAGAGUGCAAGAGAGGAGAAGAGUGUCCUUAUAGGCACGAGAAGCCCACAGACCCAGAUGAUCCCCUGGCAGACCAGAACAUUAAGGACCGUUACUAUGGUAUUAAUGACCCAGUGGCUGACAAGCUGCUGAAACGGGCCUCCACCAUGCCCAGACUGGACACGCCUGAGGACAAGACCAUCACCACACUCUAUGUAGGGGGGAUGGGAGAUACCAUCUCAGAUGCAGAGCUGAGGAAUCACUUCUAUCAGUUUGGGGAGAUCCGGACCACCACCAUUGUCCAGAGGCAGCAGUGUGCCUUCAUCCAGUUUGCCACACGGCAGGCAGCUGAGCUUGCUGCAGAGAAGUCCUUCAACAAGCUCAUCAUCAACGGACGCAGGCUCACCGUCAAGUGGGGCAGGUCUCAGGCAGCCAGAGGAAAGGAGGCCUACCAGGAUGGGGUCAGUGAGAUGGGAACCAGAUUAGACCCUGUGCCAGGACUGCCUGGAGCUCUCCCCCCACCCCCUGCUCUGGAAGAAGACGUUCCCACUAACUACUUCAAUCUGGACCCUGGAACAUCUCCUAAUGUCAUGAACAUCUCUCUGCCCCCGCCGCCCGGCAUCAACCCACCACCUCCAGGUUUUGGUGCGCCUAUGUUCCACAUGGGUUCAAUGGGUCCCCCUCCUCCCAUGGGCAUGAGACCCCCAGGACACAUCCACUACCCUUCCCAGGACCCCCAGCGCAUGGGUGCCCACGCUGCCCGCCAUGGCGACUAGUUACCAUGGUGAUACUUUGCUAUGCCAAACAUCUCUGGUUGAGAUAAUUGCCCUGGGCAGACGUUUCUCUUAGGCACAGGUCUAGGAUCAGCUUACCCUCCCCCAGUCCUCACCAUCGUAAUUACGGGGUGAAAUGCAUAACGGGCCUUAGAUCAGCAUCCAGUGGCAAUGUCAUCUAACUUUGAGGUUCACCCGGGUGUUAGAGAAUGUCAUGGAUCAGUGUAUUUAGACUUACAACAUCAGAAUGGAGAAAUUGUUGAAAUGUACAAGGCAUCCUGCAGAGCAGCCCCUUGAAAUGACAAUUUUUAGACCUGUUGAUUUUCAUUCAUAUUAUGGAUUUGAUUUUUGAUACAAUGUUCAUUUUCCACAAAAAUGAUUCAGUUUAUUAUUGUGAUGUUUUGUUGUCCACCUCUGCCAUUAAAACAAGUUCUCUAUCAUUUA